AGUUUGCAACGCGGGGUCUGUGGAUUUUUGUACUGUUUUCAUUUGGCUGCAGGCAGCAAAUGACAAAUGGCAACGCCAUCAAGCGGUUAGUACCAAAGGGCAAUGACAGUGACAGGCAAACAGCGACAAUAUGUAAUGUUGCCAUUAUUAUUUGUUUUCCGUUUGCCUAAAUUAAUUGUGCAAGUUUAAAAGAAACGAAUUGUUGACAAAAUUCCGCAAAGACGCAGACGACGCCCUGGUUUGUACGCGCCGGCACACAGCGACAGCAUGCAUCAACAACACAUGGAUCUCCAUGCUCCGGUGGACUUGAACAAGUCCCUUGACGAAAUGUCGCCGGAGGAGCGGAUGCGCGCCGAGCACCAGCUGAUGGUGGAGAAGCAUAAAGGCCACGAUGCCAUGCACUCGGAAAUGGUUAUCAUACUGUUUAUGACGCUAGUCAUUGCCCAGAUCAUCCUCGUCGAAUGGAAGAAACGGCACUACAGAUCCUAUGCAUUUGUCACACUGCUGGCCAUGUGGCUAAUACCGCUAGUUAUCUCAUGCACCUUCCUCUGGAUACGUUUUAUCAUCAUCUGGAUAAUAUUCACAACUAUUACAUCGCUGGUCAUGCGGCGCGCCACAACUAAGCCCAUACAAGGCACAACGCCCAGACUCGUUUAUAAAUGGUUCUACUUCAUCUACAAGCUAAGCUAUGGCCUGGGCAUUGUCGGCUAUCUGGUGAUCAUGGCCGCCUUUUUGGGCAUGAACUAUGUAUUCUCUCAGCCGCCCAACACAUGGAUGGAUGUCGGUUUAAUGUUCUGUUUCUAUGGCCUAUACAUUGGUGUACUUGGUCGCGACAUAUCCGAGAUUUGUUCAGACAAAAUGGCCGCUGCCAUUGGUUACUAUUCGCCACAGGGCAUGCCCACUCGCCAUUUGGAUCAAAAUGUGUGCGCUGUGUGUGGUAAUAAGCUGCUGGUUUCCGAAAAGGAGGAGGGCGUCAUCGAGAAUACCUACAAGCUGUCCUGCAAUCAUGUGUUCCACGAGUUCUGCAUACGAGGCUGGUGCAUUGUCGGCAAGAAGCAGACGUGUCCCUAUUGCAAAGAGAAGGUCGAUCUGCAGAAAAUGUUUCGCAAUCCUUGGGAAAAGCCGCAUAUGCUUUAUGGUCGACUGCUGGACUGGAUUCGUUGGCUGGUCGCUUGGCAGCCACUUAUAUUUUUUAUAGUACAAGGCAUCAAUUGGAUGCUCGGUCUGGAAUAAGCAGCAUUAGCUUUCUGCUUACUGUAAAAUUGCGUCUAGUCAAGCACAUUUUAUGCUUAACACUGUUCUUUAUAACCAACCAACCGACUAACCAACAUAUACCAUCAGCAACUGAGACCAACUAAAACAAAAGUGCGAAUCCAAAACCAAAUACAUUAAUAAAUAAAUAGAAUCAAAAGCGAAUCAGCAUCAUUCCCAGGAGGCAUAGCGUCACCACAAGGUUUCCAUUUCGCUUGGUCCUGUAAAAAAAAAAAACAAAAAAAAAACAUAAGGGCGAUGCAAAGGAGCAACUUCUCCAGCUCCAUUUCCAUAUUGGCCAGCGCAGAACUGUGUCUACCACCAUCCAUUUUUAAUUCUUAAUUUCAUUUUAAAACUUGUAAGCCAUACAAUUGGUAUUUUAGAUAUAUAUAUAUGUAAAUAUCUAUAUGUAUGUAUGUAUGUAUAUGUUUGCAUAUUUGUUUGUACAUCUCGUGUAUCUAUGUGUACAUAUAUUGUGUGUUGUGUGUAUUUUUGUAUUACGUAUACGUAUUAUGCGUUUUUGCACUGGAAAUUGAAGUUAACGAUCUACAGAAACCUAUAAAUCAUUGAAACAAUUC